AUGAAUAUUUGUAUAGCAGUCUUUAACAUUUUGUCUUCUGUGACAGAAUCAGCAGCUAUUCCAACAACAGUAACAAGCUCAGCAACACCAGUGACCACCAAUGAAGCAUCCACAACACAAAUAACCACCUUACUGACAGUGGAGCCUCCCAUUGUACCUGUGACAGUUAAACCAAAUGAAGGAAUUCAGGAAAAACAAUUUAAUAUCACCUUCACCUUGCUCAAGCUACCUUUCACACCAUCUCUACAAAAUCUCAAUUCCUCAUUGUACACAACUGAAUCAACCAACAUUCGUGAUGCACUCAGUAAUCUGUAUUCCAAUCAACAAAUGUCAACAUUCCUGCAUUGUCGGUCUGUGUCCUUCAGGCCUGCAAGUGAUGGCAACAGUACGGUUGAGGCAAUCUGCACCUUCAAAAAGAGUGCCAAUAACCAGCAAGUUGAUAAAAUUCAAAUCUACCGUGAAUUCCAAAACAACACAAGGGGUAUCACCACUUUAGGAACACAUACGCUGGACAGCAAUAGUCUCUAUGUAGAUGGUUACCAUGAGUCAGCGGUUGUUAUCACUCCAACAGAAAUUUCAACUGCUAAUACACAAAGAUCUACAACAGCACAAACCUCCACAUCAAUUCAUGUAUCAACGAAUACAGUAACGCAAAGAACUUCAGGGAGCUCAAGUAAAGCAUCAAUAUCGGAAUCAACCACAGUUACUGCACCGCUCUCAACAAGCAGCACAGAAAUGCAGACUACAAAUACACAAACAUCCAGAGCAGCUGUGACCUCUACAUCAGCUCUUGCCCCAUCAAGUGCAGUAGCAGAAACACCGACAGCAAGCUCAACUGAAGCAUCACCUGAAGCAACAACAUUGAUAACAUCACUCCCAUCAGCAAGUGCAGCAACAGAAACUUCAAGUGUAAAUGCACAGACAUCCACUGCAGCACAAAUCUCCGCCUCAGCUCUUCCCUCAACAAGUACAAUGAGCUCAACAGCAGUAUUGACAACAACAAAAACAUUAGUCACAACAUCACAACCUUCAACAAGCGCAACAGAAAUGUCGACUGCAAGUACACAGGGCCUGACAACAUCACCGGCCUCUUCAUCAGCUCCUGUCACAACAAGCACAAUAGCAUCAACAGCAACACUGGCCUCUACUGAAGGGUCAACCACUGAAACAUUGACAAUCACUCCAUUAGUCACAUCAACAACUGAAAGACAAACUUCAACUGCAAAUACACAGGCGUCGACAACAGUACAAACCUCUACUUCUGCACUUUUAUCAACACUGACUAGUACUUCAAAUACUACAGUGAGCUCAAGUGAAGCACCAACAACUGAAGCAAUAACAAUUACUACGUUACUCCCCUUAACAAAUGCCACAGAAACAUUGAGAACAAAUACACAGACAUCAACAGAAGCUCUGAUCUCUACAUCAGCUCAUGCCUCAUCAAGUACAACAGUAGAAACAUUUACAGCAAGCUCGACAGAAACAUCAAAAUUUGAAGUAACAACGAUGACAACAGCACAUCUUCCAACAAGUGUGGCUGAAACAUCGACUGCAAGUACAAAGGUCUCCACAGCAGCAACAACACCUUCCUUGAUUCGUGCCUCAACAAGAUCAACAGCAUCAACAUCAACUCUGGCCUCUACUGAAGGGUCAACAACUGAAGCAAUAACGUUCAGUCUAUCAGUCUCAACAACAACUGCAGAAACAUUGACUACAAGUUCACAGACAUCUACAGCAGCUCCGACCUCUCCAUCAGCUCCUGGAUCAACAAGUACUGUAGCAGAAACAUCUGCAGCAAGCUUGACUGAAGCAAAGACAACGAUAACAUCACUUCCUUCAACAAGUGUAGCAACAGAACAUUUCACUGUAAGUGCACAGACAUCCACUGCAGCACAAACUACCACCUCAGCUCCUGCUGCAACAAGUAGCAAAGUAUCAAUGCCAGCUGUGAGCUCUACAACAGGAUCAACAACUGAAGUAACAUCAAUUACAAUUUCACUAUCUUCCACCAGUGCAAAAACAUUGAUAAAUACACAAGUGUCCACAGAAGCUCUGACCUCUACAUCAGCUUCUACCUCAACAGCUACAGCAGCAGAGACAUCUACAACAAGUUUGACACAAACAUCAACAUCUGAAGUAACGACAGUGACAUCACUCCCCAUGACAACUGCAGCAACACAACCAUCAACUGCAAAUACACAGUCAUCCACGACAGCACAAAUCUCUACAUCAGCUUCUGUCUCUACACGUCCCCCAACAACUAUAGGGAAUUCAACUAAAGUAUCAACAACUGAAGCAAUGACAGUCACUGCGUCAGUACCCUCAACAAAUGCAGAAACUUCAGUUGCAAGUACAGGGACCCUGACAACAUCAAUGACCUCUUCAUCAGCUGCUGCCUCAACAAGCACAAUAGCAUCAACAUCAACACUGGCCUCUACUGAAGUUUCAACAAUUGAAGCAACGACAUUCACUCCAUCAGCCUCAUCGACAACUGUAAAAACGUUGAAUGGAAGUGCUCAGAGGUCCACAACAGCAGCAACCUCUGUAUCAGCUUCACCAGUAACUAAAAAGAGCUUGACGGAAGUAUCAUCAACUGAAUCAACAACUGUGUUUACAGCACUCCCAUCACCAAGUGAAUCAUCUUCUAUUUCAACAUCUUCAGGAUCAGAAACAUCUACUCAAAUCUCCACAACUUUACCUUCAACAAGCGCAGCAACACCAGUCACUACCAGUGAAGCAUCCUCAACACAAACAACCAAAAUAAUGACAGUGGAGCCUCCCAUUGUACCUGCAACAGUCAACCCAAAUGAAGGAAUUCAGGGAAAAGAGUUCAACAUAACCUUCACUGUUCUCAAACUGCCUUUCACACCAACUCUGCAAGAUCUCAAUUCCUCUUUGUACAUAAAUGAAUCAAACAACAUUCUUGAUGCACUCAGUAAGCUAUAUGCCAAAAGCAAGGUAAAAUCAUCAUUGUUACAUUGCCAGUCCAUAUCUUUCAGACCUGCAAGUGAUGGAAACAGUACGGUUGAAGUAAUCUGUACUUUCAAAAUAAGUGCCAAUACCCCACAAGUUGAUAAAGUUGGUCUCUACCAUGAAUUCCAAAACAAUACAAAGGACAUCACCACCUUAGGACCGUAUACGCUGGACAGCAAUAGCCUCUAUGUAAAUGGUUACCAUGAAUCAACUGUUGUAACCACAACAGAAAUAUUGAUAGCAAAUACACAGACAUCUACAGCAACUCCAAGCUCUACAUCAGCCUCUGCCUCAACAAGUACAGCAGCAGAAACAUCUGCAGCAAGCUCAGCGCAAACAUCAACAUCUGAAGCAACAACAGUGACAUCACAUCCCACGACAAGAGCAGCAACAAAAACUUUGACUGCAAAUAAACAGCCAACCACUGCAUCAUCAACCUCUUCAUCAGUUCCUGCCUUGACAAGUACAGCAGCAGCAACAUCUACAGCAAGCUCAAUACAAACAUCAAUAUCUGAAGCAAUGACAGUGACAUCAAUCCCAUCAACAAGUGAAACAUUGAUUGAAAGUACACAGGUCUCCACUGCAACAGUGCACUCUACGUCAAGUAAAAUAACAUCAGCAACUACCGUGAGAUUUACUGAAGUGUCGACAACUGAAGCGACAACAAUCACAAAAUUAGCAAGUGUAGAACCCCCGAUUAUACCUGCAACAGUCAAUCCAAAUGAAGAAACUCAGGAAAGAGAAUUUAACAUAACCUUCACUGUACUCACACUGCCAUUCACACCUAAUCUACAAAAUCUCAGCUCUCCAUUAUACCUGGCUGUAUCAAGUAACAUUCUUGACAAUCUCGGUAAUCUGUAUGCCAAUAGCAAAGUGAAAUCAACGUUCUUGAAAUGUUGGUCUGCGCGUUUCAGGCCUGCAAGUGAUGGCAACAGUACAGUUGAGGCAAUUUGCACCUUCAAAAAGACUGGCGAUACCUCUCAAACUGAUAAAGUUAAACUGUACCGCGAAUUCCAAAUCAACACAAAGGGCAUUACCACCUUAGGAAAUUAUACACUGGACAGCAGUAGCCUCUACAUAGAUGGUUACCAUGAAUCAACUGUUUUAACCACGACAUUACCAACUGUGACCACAACACAACCUCCAAGCGCCGAAGGGGAGCCCGUUGAAUUCAAUGUGACCUUUGUCAUCACCAACUUAGAGUUUACAGAGAGUCUACAAAAUUCCAGUUCUUUGCUGUACAACUCUGUGUCAAGUAAUAUUUCCUAUCAGCUCACUGACCUGUACGACAAGAGCAAAAUCAAUAAAAGAUUUUCAGAUUGUAAAGCUGUUUCCUUCAGCCCAGCAGAUGUUGGUAAUACGCGUGUGUACGCAAUCUGUACAUUCAGAAAUGAUUCUGGUCCUCCAGAGGUGAACAGAAUUAUCGUGUACCGAACAUUCCGAGACAAGACCAAGAAUAUCUCCACCUUAGGAAUAUAUAUAUUGGACAACAACAGCCUCUACGUUAAUGGUUACCAUGAAACGACUCCUUUACCAACGAAAUUACCAACUGUGACCAAAACAGAAACUCCAAGUAUUGAAAGAAAGCCCAUUGAAUUCAAUGUGACCUUUGUUAUCACGAACUUGGAGCUUACGGAAAGUCUACAAAAUUCCAGUUCUUCACUGUACAACUCUGUCUCAAAUAAUAUCUCCUCUCAGCUCUCUGACCUGUACAAAAAGAGCAACAUUGAUGCAAAAUUUUCAGAUUGUAAAGUUGUUUCCUUCAGCCCAGCAGAUGAUGCUAAUACUCGUGUGUAUGCAAUCUGUACAUUCAGAAAUGAUUCUGAUCUUCAGGAGGUGAACAGAGUUAUCGUGUACCGAACAUUCCGAGACAACACCGGGAAUAUAUCUACAUUAGGACAACAUACGUUGGACAAUAAUAGCCUCUACGUAAAUGGUUACCAUGAAACAACUCCUUUACCGACGACAUUACCAACUGUGACCACAACAGAACCUCCAAGUGUCGAACGGAAGCCAAUUGAAUUCAACGUGACCUUUGUUAUCACUAACGUGGAGCUUACAGAGGACCUACAAAAUUCCAAUUCUUCGCUGUACAAUUCUGUGUCAAAUAAUAUUUCCUAUCAGCUCACUGCCCUGUACAACAAGAGCAACAUUGAUGCAAGUUUUUCAGACUGUAAGGUUGUUUCCUUCAGCCCAGCUGUUGAUGCUAAUACUCGUGUGUACGCAAUCUGUACAUUCAGAAAUGAUUCUGAUCCUCAGGAAGUGAACAGAGUUACCGUGUACCGAACAUUCCGAGACAAUUCUGUGAAUAUAUCUACAUUAGGACAAUAUAUGUUGGACAAUAACAGCCUCUAUGUAAAUGAUUAUCACGAAUUAAUCUUUUCAUCCACAAUAUCGCCGAUCAUGAGUACCACUCCAAACCCAGAAACGAAGACCCUUGAUUUUAAUGUAACCUUCAUUAUAACAAACUUGGCCCCGACAACAACUCUACAAGACUCCACGACUGCACUGUAUAAAUCUGCAGCAAAUAUAAUUGCUUUCCAGCUGGAUUCAUUAUUUAAUAACAGCAACAUCAACACAACAUUCUCAAGCUGCAGAGUUACAUCUUUGAGUCUAGCAAAUAUUGAUGACAUCGGUGUGUAUGCAAUCUGCACAUUUAGAAAUGAUUCCUCUGCUCAAGAGGUUAAUAAAGUUACUGUGUAUCACGAGUUCAGAGACAACACAGACAGCAUUUCAACCUUAGGAAGCUAUUUACUGGACAAUAACAGCCUCUACGUAAAUGGUUACCAUGAAUCAACUCCUUCUUCAACGGUAUCACCAAUUGUGAGCACAACUCCAAACCUGCAAUCAGAACCUUUUGAUUUCAAUGUGACCUUCAUUAUUACUAACCUAAUCCUGACUGAAACUUUACAAUCUCCCAAUUCUGCGCUGUACAGAUCUGCUGCAAACAUAAUUACUUAUCAGAUGAACAACCUGUUUACUAACAGCAAGAUCAACAGAACAUUCUCAAGCUGUAGAGUUCGUUCUUUCAGUCUGGCAAAUAUUGAGGACACCAGUGUGGAUGCAGUCUGCACUUUCAGAAAUGACUCUAACCCUCAGAAAGUUAAUAAAGUCACUGUAUAUCAUACGUUCAGAGACAACACAAAGAGCAUCUCCACCCUAGGAGCAUAUUUGCUGGACAGUAACAGUCUCUACGUGAAUGGUUACCACGAAUUUGUUCCUUCUUCCACCAUAUCACCAAUUAUGAGUACCAUUCCAAACCUGCAAACAGAGCCUUUUGAUUUCAAUGUGACUUUUGUUAUUACUAACCUGAACCUGAUUACAACUCUACAGUCUCCCAGUUCCGCACUGUACAAAUCUGCAGCAAAUAUUAUUGCAUAUCAGAUGAACAACCUGUUUACUAACAGCAAGAUCAAUAGAACAUUCUCAAGCUGUAGAGUUCGCUCUUUCAGUCUGGCAAAUAUCGAGGACACCAGUGUAGAUGCAGUCUGUACUUUCGGAAAUGACUCUAAUCCUCAGGAGGUGAAUAAAGUCACUGUGUACCAUACAUUCAGAGACAACACGAAGAGCAUCUCCACCUUAGGAGCAUAUUUACUGGACAGUAACAGUCUCUACAUAAAUGAUUAUCAUGAAUCUGUUCCUUCGUCCACGGUAUUGCCUAUUGUGAGCACAACUCCAAACAUUCAGCCUUUUGAUUUCAAUGUGACCUUCAUUGUUACUAAUUUGGCCCUGACUGCAAAUCUACAAUCACCCAGUUCUGCACUGUACAAAUCUGCAGCAAAUAUUAUUGCUUUUCAGAUGAACAACCUCUUUAGUAACAGCAAGAUCAACAGAACGUUCUUAAGCUGCAAAGUUCGCUCUUUCAGCCUUGCAAAUAUUGAGGAUACCAGUGUAGAUGCAGUCUGUAUUUUCGGAAAUAAAUCUGAUCCUCAGGAAGUUAAUAAAGUCACUGUAUAUCGUACAUUCAGAGACAACACAAAGAGCAUCUCCACCUUAGGAGCAUAUUCACUGGACGCUAACAGUCUCUACAUAAAUGAUUACCAUGAAUCUGUUCCAUCUUCCACAGUAUCACCAACUGUAAGCACAACACCAGACAUGCAAACAAAACCUUUCGAUUUCAAUGUGACCUUCAUUGUUACUAACUUGGCCCUGACUGCAACUCUACAAUCAUCCAGUUCUGCACUGUACAAAUCUGCAGCAAAUAUUAUUACUUAUCAGAUGACCAAGCUAUUUACCAACAGCAAGAUCAACAGAACAUUUUUAAGCUGUGAAGUUCACUCUUUCAGCCUGGCAAAUAUUGAGGACACCAGUGUAGAUGCUGUCUGUUCUUUCAGAAAUGACUCCAAUCCUCAGCAAGUUAAUAAAGUUACUGUGUACCAUACAUUCAGAGACAACACAAAGAGCAUCUCCACCUUAGGAGCAUAUUCACUGGACCACACCAGCCUCUAUGUCAAUGAUUACCAUGAAUCCGUUCCUUCCUCCACUGUAUCUCCAACCGUGAGUGCAACUCCAAACCUGCAAACAAAGCCUUUCGAUUUCAAUGUGACCUUCAUUAUCACUAACCUGGCCCUGACUGCAAAUCUACAAUCACCCAGUUCUGCACUGUACAAAUCUGCAGCAAAUAUUAUUGCUUACCAGCUAAAUAACCUGUUUACAAACAGCAAGAUAAACAGAACAUUCUCCAGCUGUAGAGUUCAUUCUUUCAGCCGGGCAAAUAUUGAGGACACCAGUGUGGAUAUAAUCUGCAGUUUCAGGAAUGACUCUGAUCCACUGGAAGUUAAUAAAGUUACUAUAUACCACACAUUCAGAGACAACACAAAGGGUAUUUCCACCUUAGGAGCAUAUUCACUGGACCACACCAGCCUCUAUGUCAAUGAUUACCACGAAUUUAUUCCUUCCUCCACAAUAUCACCAACUGUAAGCACAACACCAAACCUGCAAACAAAGCCUUUUGAUUUCAAUGUGACCUUCAUUAUUACUAACCUGGUCCUGACUGCAAAUCUCCAAUCUUCUACCUCUGCACUAUACAAAUCUGCAGCAAAUAUUAUUGCUUAUCAGCUAAAUAACCUGUUUACAAACAGCAAGAUAAACAGAACAUUCUCCAGCUGUAGAGUUCGUUCUUUCAGCCUGGCAAAUAUUGAGGACACCAGUGUAGAUGCAAUCUGUUCUUUCAGAAAUGACUCUAAUCCUCUGGAAGUUAAUAAAGUUACUGUAUACCAUACAUUCAAAGGCAACACAAACAGCAUCUUCACCUUAGGAGCAUAUUCACUGGACCACACCAGCCUCUAUGUCAAUGACUACCACGAAUCUAUUCCCUCCUCCACUGAAAAGCCAGUUGUGAUAGUGACGCAAUCUCCAAAUGAAGGGACAAGAUCCACUGACUUUAACGUCACUUUCACGAUUAGUAAUCUGACAUUCAUUCCAGAUUUACAAAACCUGAAUUCCUCUCCGUAUAAAGCUACAUCAAGCCAUGUUAUUAAUUCGCUCAGGAGUCUCUACAGAAACAGCGAGAUAAAGAAAGAAUUCUUACAUUGUAAACUUGCAAGUUUCAGGCCUGGAAAUGAAGGCAAUACUAAGGUUGAAGCAAUCUGUUCUUUUAAAAAUAAUCCCAAUGUGAAUGAAGUUGAUAGAGUCACUGUUUAUAAUGAGUUCAGAGACAACACUGAGAAAAUCACUGCAUUGGGAAUAUAUGCACUGAUCGAAGACAGCCUCUAUGUAGAUGGUUAUCAAGAAUUGAAACCAACUGUAACACCAACUAUAACGUUACCUGCAAUCCGGGAAGGAGACUUGCCAUUUGAGCUUAACUUCACAAUAAUAAACAGAAAUUUUACUGAAGCACUUAAUGACACAAAUUCCCCUGAAUACCAAAGCAUUACAGCCAAUAUUACCAGGAUGCUUUCAGGAUUGUUUAAGAAGAGCUCUUUAAAGAAGAGUUACCGCACCUCUAAAGUUAUAGGGUUGAGACGUGGAUCAGUUAAAUGCACCUGCUUGAGCUACUUCAACCCUGACGAUGCAAAUGAACUAGUAACAGCAGAAAAAGUCAGAAAAGAAUUCGCUACUGGAACAAAUGCAACAAACUUACUUGGAAAUGUCUAUCAGCUAAAAAAUAACAGCUUGACAGUGGAAGCUAAAGCACCAAUUUCUGACAGCAAAGUAGAAAUUCCAUACUGGGGAAUCAUACUCAUCGUUCUAGGCAUACUCCUCAUUCUAUUCCUGUUCAUCCUCGGAGCUUUACUGAUUGCACUGUGCUUGAAAAAGAAGCACCAAGGAUUCUACAACAUGAUGCAAGACCCUGCAGGCUUUUACUUUCCACAUCAAAAAUUCUACUGACAGAAAAACAUUAACAAUAAAAAAACAUUGGUGAUAAACUGCAAACAUGCAAAUUAGUGAUUAAAGUAGAAAUAACGUAUUACAAUUAUGUAGCUAAACAGAACCAAUCCAAAUUAAUUAUUCGUUGCAACUCUGGAUAGUCCUCUAAGAAACUUUUAAGACUUUACUUGAAGAAAAGCACUAAAGAUGAAAAACGUUGUCAAAGAAUAUUAUAUUGAAGACACAAUGUUCAAGUAUUAAACUAAAAUAAAAUCAAAAUAACAAAUGCUUGUCAUGCUUUUGUGACUUGAAUGUUUGGUUUGUGCAUCAGUUGCAAUAAAUUAUUGUCAUCAGUCAGACAUCUGUAUUAUGUUAAAUGUUAUAUUUAUCUCUAUUAUCUACAUGAAUCUCAAUGAUAUGAACUUUAAUAAUAAAUAGUACUGUGGUGAUCUAAUAAUUCUAUUAAAUGAUUAUUGGAAACUAUUUAAAAUAUUCGAAUGACAGAAUAAAUAGGUUAAUGUAUUUAUAAAAUUAUUUUUUCUUGGGUGAUGAACAUUUACAAAGCUGUCUAUUUUUGUAAAUCAUGUCAAAAUAAUGAAAGCCUAAA